AUGGAUGGAUUAUCUUCACCCCCCACUUCUUGUGGGGUCAAGUAAAUGAUGUUCCAAAGAAAUGAUGUUGUCAUAUUAUCAGAGAUCACUUACAGACCAAUGCUGCAUACUACCUAUGAAUUUCCUGUGGUUUGCUUUGUGAAGAGGGUUAAAUUCCCAUCUGUGAUACAUUUUGGAAUGAAUGGGUUUGAUGCCAACACCUUAAAAGAUAUCCCUCAAAAAACAAAAGGACAAGAGUCACCAGCUCCCACACAAAGUAAAACAUGGGAACCUAAUUUUAACAGUGUUAAUAAGGAGCAACUACCAAUAGGUCACUGAAUCAAUAAGGCCUGUGUUAUAACAGCCUCUUCUCCCUAAAAAACGGAAGCAAGUGGCACAUACUUAUCUGA